UUCAAGCCGAAGGUCCGGGUCAAUAGGAGGCAAAGCGAGGUUUCAGGUGCAUUUGAGAGGCGGGUUUCAUUUCGAUCGCAUUUGCAUUUCAUUUGCGCUCUGUCGUUCAUUCAUUCUUCCCAUUUUUCGAAACGUGAGGCGCUUAAUUGUGAGAAGACGAGAAUAAUUUUCUGCUUAUCGAUCAACGUGAUUCGAAGUCCUUUUCUUCCUGUUCACCGUUCCUCCAUUUCUAGGGUUUUGAAAUACCAAAACAGGUUAAAAGCUAAAUGGCGGACGCUGAGGAUAUUCAACCUCUUGUUUGUGAUAAUGGAACAGGCAUGGUCAAGGCUGGAUUUGCUGGAGAUGAUGCCCCAAGGGCAGUGUUCCCCAGCAUUAUCGGUCGCCCACGCCACACAGGUGUGAUGGUUGGCAUGGGGCAGAAAGAUGCGUAUGUAGGAGACGAGGCUCAGUCCAAGCGUGGUAUUCUCUCUCUGAAAUACCCCAUUGAGCAUGGUAUCGUCAGCAAUUGGGAUGACAUGGAGAAGAUCUGGCAUCAUACGUUCUAUAACGAGCUCCGUGUUGCUCCAGAGGAGCACCCGAUUCUUCUCACAGAAGCACCUCUGAACCCUAAGGCUAACAGAGAGAAGAUGACUCAGAUCAUGUUCGAAACCUUCAAUUCCCCUGCCAUGUAUGUUGCUAUACAGGCUGUUCUGUCUCUGUACGCUAGUGGUCGUACAACUGGUAUUGUUAUGGAUUCUGGAGAUGGUGUGAGCCACACAGUCCCUAUCUACGAAGGGUACUCUCUCCCACACGCUAUUCUCCGUCUCGACCUAGCUGGGCGUGACCUCACAGACCAGCUAGCCAAAAUCCUCACGGAGCGAGGCUACUCGUUCACCACCUCAGCCGAGAAGGAAAUCGUGAGAGACAUGAAGGAGAAGCUUUCGUACAUUGCUCUCGAUUUCGAGCAGGAAAUGGAGAUAUCCAAGACCAGCUCCAACGUCGAGAAGAAUUUCGAAUUGCCUGACGGUCAAGUGAUCACCAUCGGAAACGAGCGUUUCCGUUGCCCUGAGGUGCUUUUCCAGCCAUCUAUGAUUGGAAUGGAAGCUGCUGGCAUACACGAGACCACGUACAAUUCGAUUAUGAAGUGUGACGUGGACAUAAGGAAGGAUUUGUACGGGAACGUUGUGCUUAGUGGUGGGUCCACUAUGUUCCCUGGUAUUGCUGAUCGAAUGAGCAAGGAGAUCACUGCUUUGGCUCCUAGUAGCAUGAAGAUUAAGGUGGUGGCCCCACCUGAGAGGAAGUACAGUGUUUGGAUUGGAGGGUCUAUUCUUGCAUCACUCAGUACCUUCCAGCAGAUGUGGAUAGCGAAGGCUGAGUACGAUGAGUCCGGCCCUUCGAUUGUGCACAGGAAAUGCUUCUAAUCGGAAGUGGUGAUUUUGAUGUUCUGAUUAUUGCUAUGUGCUUGGGAAGAUAGAAUAAUGCUCGUGUUAUGGUUUCUUGAUUUUUGUACUUGUCGUUUUUUGUAUUGGUGUCGACAGCUUAGAGAUCUUUCUCAAUUCAUUUGUUUGAUUUGAUGUUUGGAGAGAUUUAGCAGCAAGCAUAAAGAGUUGUCUACACUAUGUUUUUUUUGUUGUUGUUUUGUAUUCUUCUAAGGAUUUUUGCUCUGGUGGAGCUGUUUCUGAGUGAUUCAUAAAUAGUUUAUAUUAUUUGGGUUUUAUUGA